AUGCCCAAGCCGAUACGCGAGAAGGAGGCAAUACUGUGCUCAGUCUCCUCGCUGCACCAGCCUCAAACUGCUGGAGCCCACGACAACGUUCAGUUCACUAGUGGAAAGCUUGCUGUAGCGGGUGACCCAAACUCUUUUUCCACGGAAUAA